AUGCAAAGCAAUAGCGAUUACGCUAAACAAGAGUACUGGGAUGACCGAUUUAAAGAGGAAACCGAGUUCGAAUGGCUUUGUGGUUUUGAUGUCGUGGCAGAUAUUUUACUGCCAAUUUUGAAACCGAAUUCAAAGAUUUUGCACAUCGGAUGUGGCUCAUCCCACCUUUCGAUGAGACUUUAUGAGGCCGGAUUUUGUGACAUCACCAAUGUGGAUUAUUCGCAGAUUCUCAUCGAUUCUUCUCUGCAAAGAUACGCUGCAAGUUAUCCUGAAAUGAAAUGGAUUUGUGAUGAUAUGCUCUCACUUAAUAAAAUAGAAUCAAAUGCAUACGAUGUGGUUCUGGAAAAAGCAACCAUUGAGGCUUUGUUGGUUAAAGAAAAGAGUCCUUGGUGUCCAUCUGAUGAGGCUCUAGUUGUUUUGGAUCAAGUCUUUUCUUCAGUGACAAGAGUUUUGCGAACUGGUGGAGUUUUCAUAUCGAUAUCGUUUACACAACCGCAUUUUCGUGUCCCAGCACUGAUGAGAAAUCCAAAUUGGAGCAUCAAUGUUGAGGAAUUUGGUACUUCGUUCCACUACUACGUCUAUUUACUCAAAAAUGGCGAGCACCUCUCUUCAGAAAUUCGAGAACGAUAUGGGAAAUUGGCUGCCGAUUGGCUCCGACCUCUAAAU